UGUGUGUGUGCGUGUAUGUGUGUGUGUGAGUGAGAGAGCGAUAGAGAGAGUGUGUGUAUUUGUAUAUGUGUGUCAGCCGUACCCAUCAUGGCCCCUGAGCUGCAGCUGAUCAGACGGACCGCCGCUCCGCCAUCCUCCUCCAGCGAGCAGCGGCACCGGUGAGGAGGCUCCAUGUGUCCCCCAUCCUCGGUCAGAUAUCUAAGCAAGAGGGCCGCGCUCCAGCCGCCCAGCGCGAACAUGAAUAAGGAUUAUUCCAUUAAUCUAUCGGUGCAGCAAGUGCUCAGCCUGUGGGUCCAGGGCACGGUACCGACCCUACAGCACUUCACAGGUACGUCACACGAGGAGAAAGACCCGGCGAAACGGGUUCAUGUGUCUCAUCCAGCCGCGCGCACACGCCUCUCCACCGGCAGACGCACGAGCAUCCCGUCUGAACAAGAAAUGUGGUACUGGGUCUUCCUGUGGUGUCUAUUCUCGUCUCUGUUCGUUCACGGUGCCGUGGGUCUGCUGAUGUGUGUGACUCUGCAGCGUCAUAAGAGAGGACGGCUCAUCACAGUGGUGCUCAUCAGCGUGGGAUUCCUGGCCUCUCUCACCGGCGGGGUCAUCACUAGUGCAGCAGUGGCAGGUGUGUACCGAUUGGCAGGGAAGGACAUGGCUCCUCUUGAAGCUCUGGUGUUUGGGGUGGGCCAGACCGCUUUCACUGUCAUCAUCUCAUUCUCACGGAUCUUAGCCACUCUUUAAACGGACUGAAAGCAUCAUUGACUGACACACCAAACAGCCAAUCGGCCAGCAGAAGAGCCGGGGUCGAGGUGAGUGGGGUUAAACCACAGAGGUUUGGCCUGCGCUACAAAACGAUGAGCUUUAGGAGUCACUAAUGACCAAUGGACCACUAUAUGAAACCCUCUGGAAUGGAGAUUUUACCAUUUCAAGAAGCAAAAACAGCAUUAAAGGCCAAUGACUCAAUCAAUGUGCCAACUGCCACGAUGGUGGACUGAGAUGAAUCUUCGGAUGUCUGUUUGUCUUUGUUAAACAUUUGUUUUGUUUUUGCACAUGGAUCGCUUCAGCUUUGGGUGGAUUUGGAGCCGUAGCUGGGCUGUAACGCCAAGAUGGAUGCAUUGGAAAACAUCCUCCAAUAAUUUGACUGUCACUAUGUCUCUCUGUCCUCAAACAUUUUUUAAUUCUGCUCUGCUGAACGGCCCCAAACAUUCCUGUUUGUAUUAUUAUAGAUUUUCCCUCUGGUCCAGCAGUUUUCUUCUUCCACUUUGCACUUUUUGCAUUUUGAAAACUGUCUAAACGGUGUAAGAUCUGUAGAAGGUAUGCUGGGAUGCAAUAUGGACAUUAAUUCAAGGAGGUUUAGGUGUAAUCUGGUCUCUUUUAACCAAUAUAAAUGUAUCCAUAAUGGAAAAACGCCUUAUAAUAUGGUAACACAUAAUGGAACACUAAUAUGAAUUUUAACUGUGGUAUUUAAUCAAAUGUCAGUUUUAAAUCAAAGAUGACAAGUAUUCAAAAAGUCACUAUGGCCUACAACGUCUGUGUCAACAUGUGAUGUAAACCUCCAACUGCGAUUAUAUCAUGGAAACAUUCAAAACUUGUCCUUGUACACAGUAUUUAACGUCUUCAUGUAUAAUCCAUUUUUUAUCCAGCAUUACUGUGGCAAUACUCUCCCUGCUCAAAUAUGGGGACUUAAACCUCAGGCCUUAAAAGACAAGAGAGACAAUUUUGUCCUGGACUCGUCCUAACCAGUUUGAGAGGCUGGCUAGAUCUUUUAUGAUAAAGAACCAAACUCAUCUACAUCUUGGAUGGACUGAAGGUGUGUACAUUUUAAUUUUGGGGGGGGAACAAUUCCUUAAACUGGAAAAGGUUUUGAACGGUGAACAGUAUGGAAUGUGAUGACAGCGGUGUGGUUUACGAUACCUCACUGCUGCCUCUAGCUUUAUUACUGGCAAAACUUUCCUUCUUUUUCCAUUUCCUUCUUAUAAACACCAUGAAUUUUAAUGCUAAUAAUAACAUAAUAGUUCAAGACCAUUCAACUUGCUGAAAAUUCGAUUUAAAUUCAAAUGUAAAUUUUUGCAAACAAUUAAAUUGUUUUUAUUUUUGAAAUACUUUUAUUUGGUGGCACUUUCUGUGAAGCUUUAUAUAUAUAAUGCAUCAUGAAGGUAUUCAUAAAUAUGCAGAAUACUCAGUUACCAAGGCAAGAAUCACUGUUAUUGUUGGUAUAAAUCAAUAUGGUUAGGGAUUUGAACAAACUAGUAUUAAAUUGUGUACUUGAAUCUUUUUUAAUCUAGUGUAUGGAAAAAUGGGUGCAAAAAUAUCCGUAGCACUGAAUUUUUGUUAAAAAGCUUCAUAAUAAACUUUUAAAUGCUAAUUCAGUUUUCCACUGAAAAUUUAAUUUAAUGCAUUACAUGACGUUGCUGCUUUAUGUUUAAAACUAUAACCAUAAAUAGGAGCAUUGUAAUGUAUUAAAAUUAUUUAGGAAUCAAUUCCAGCUGCAUUUUUAAGGCAUUAUAUAUAUUUUAAAAAAAUCUAAUACCUUUAAAAUGCAUUAUAUAUAGGCUUCACUUUUCAAACAAAACAAACUCAGUUGCAUUUGGUAUGCAUCUGAUUUAAUUAUUAUUUUAAAGUAUUAUUUACUUUUUUCAGAGCAUGUGAGCCAUUUCUAAAACUCAAACGGGCGUUUCAGUGUUUCGCCUUUUAAUAGCCAUCCAAUCUCUUUAACACUGAUGCCAAAUUCCACCUGUUUAUUACUGUAUUACAAAAGAGCAUAUUCCUAAUACUUGUUUGUCUAUCAACAGUUCAUUCAUGUACGGCUGUUGUGUCAAAGUGAAGAAUAUAAUUGUUGGUUUAAUGAAACAAGUGACGUCUGAAGCCACUGAAACACAGGAUCAUGGGAAUUGAUUCCUUUUGCUUUAUUGUUCUGUUGUCAUUGACAUAAUGUUUAUUUAAGCCAAAGUAUUCCUUAUCUCUUUAGCUUUAGGACUUUUUUAAUUGCAUAUGAUUUUUAUGACUUUUUUAUACUAUGUGUUUUUUGCUUGUCAGAUUUCUCAGCACUGAUUCAUGAAGUCUGAACAAGGCUACUGCUGAAAAGGCUGAUUUUCCAUUUAUUGAUACUGUGAAAGACUUUCAGACGUUAUUGAUGAGGGUGUUGGAUGUAAUGGCUUACUUAUUUCUGAUCUUAUGCAACUAAAAGUUCACUUUCAGUACCAGACCAGCACUGUAGAGGGCGUCAGUGUACUGUCAACGAGUGUGAAAUCUCCUUCUGUCAAAGGAAACUGAUUGUAUCUGUAGAAUUAUGCAGGUCUUAAUGUGUUGAUGAUGCAUAAUGCCAGUCGAAAAAGAAUCACUUUUUGUUGAUUACUGAUAUCAUGUAUUUGCUUUGUAAUUUAUUCAUUUGGAAAAUCUUUACUGAACAAUUCAGUACUAAACUGUUCAGAAUGACAUAUUACCAUGCUAUUUAUACUACUUUUGUGUAAACUUCAAAAACAGAUUAUUUUUAAGCAUUUUUUACUUGUUUUCUUAACUGUCACCCAUCCCCUCAGCAUUUUAAAAUCAGACAUUGCCUUACAAUGGAAAUGGUACUUCAAAAUCAAAUAAAAAAUUUAUUCGUUCAUGAAUUUAUGUUUGGAUAGUGCACUUUAACGUCAAUGUUCAAAAAUGGGGGUGACAGUUAAGAGGUUAAAUUAAAAUGUAUCAAAAUUAAGUGA